AUGCGCCGCGCUCCUAGGGUGAGGUUGAAGAGCUGGAUGUUACAUCCCUUUGGCAAUCAUGGUAGUCGGGAAUGGCUUCAUCCGGAGGCCCUGAAACGGGAACAGUUGGCGUCUGAUGAUGAUACUACUACCUCCAUCUCCAUCUCCAUGCCUGAUCAGUCGCCAUCAAGCAUAGCUACAAGCAGCUCCGAUCAAGUAGAGAAGAAAAAGAAGAAAAAUAAGAAGAAGAUGAAGAUGAUGCUCAAGCGCAAGGCAAUAUAA